CUCUUCUCUCAGUCUCAAAUAUGUAUUUUGUUCUUUAAUUGAUCAGAGAAAAACAUAGAAAUUAGAAAGAGAAAAGAAAGAAAUCUUUGGUUAGGACUGUCUCUGUUUUAUUUUCUCACUUUGAGCUAGAAAAUUCGUUUAUUUUCAUUUGAAUUCAUUAUUUUCGUGGAGAUGGCAGAGAUUUGUUGUGGAAUUAUGAGUGAAAGUAAAACGCAAUCAACAUGUGACCAACCAUCCAGAGCAGCAAGGAGGAAGAGAAUGGAAAUUAGAAAGUUUAAAUUCAUAGCUGGUAAUAUGGUUGAAGAAGAAUUGAAAGAAAACGGUGGAAUAAAACGGCAGAAAAGAAGUUUUAUCGAAGAAACAACAAUUUCUUCUUUGUCACCUGCACGUGAAUGUGAGAACGGUGUUGAGAGUAUUGAUUAUGAGAAUCACUCAAGUUCUAACGAGUCAACAGUCGAAACAAUCUCGAUUCUUAAAUCUUCUUCACCGGUGGCAAACAUACCGGUGGCAAUGAUUCCGGUAGUUGAAGACCGGUGUCCUAAAUUUGGUAUGAGUUCUGUUUGUGGUCGUAGAAGAGAUAUGGAAGAUGCUGUGUCAAUUCAUCCAUCAUUUUGCAAGCCUGAAUGUGAGAUUCCGGCAUGGUUUCAUUUCUUCGGUGUUUAUGAUGGACAUGGUUGCUCUCAUGUUGCCACAAGUUGCAAACAAAGACUACAUCAAGUGGUUAAAGAAGAAAUAGAAAAUGGUUGCAAAGAAGAGUCCGAUUUGAAAUGGGAGAGUAUAAUGAAGAAAAGUUUCAUUAGGGUGGACAGAGAGGUUACAGAGUGGAGUUCUAGUAGUAAUACCAGUAGUUUACUGCUGAAUGCGAGUUGUCGUUGUGAACUACAAACACCAAAAUGUGAUGCUGUUGGAUCUACUGCUGUUGUUUCAGUUGUUACUCCUGAUAAAAUCAUUGUAUCAAAUUGUGGUGAUUCUCGUGCUGUUCUUUGUCGUGGUGGUAAAGCUGUUCCACUUUCCGUUGAUCACAAGCCAGAUCGGCCUGAUGAACUCGUACGAAUCCAAGAAGCUGGUGGUCGAGUUAUCUACUGGGAUGGUCCUAGAGUUCUUGGAGUUCUUGCAAUGUCUAGAGCUAUUGGGGAUAAUUACCUGAAACCAUAUGUGAUAUCCGAACCUGAGAUCACAGUUACAGAUCGAACUGCUGAAGACGAUUGUAUGAUACUAGCAAGUGACGGAUUAUGGGACGUUGUUUCAAAUGAAACUGCUUGUAAUAUUGCAGGGAUGUGUUUAAAUGGUCAAGGUCCAAUAAUGCCAUUGACUAACGAUGGAGAUGAAGCCAACAUGUUGACUAACGGAAGCAAUAGUUCUGAUAAAGCUUGUUCAGAUGCAGCGUUAUUGUUAACAAAGCUGGCUUUAGCUAGGCAUAGCACAGACAAUGUUAGUGUUGUCGUGGUCAACCUCAGAAAGGAAACGUAAAUAAAAGCUAGUAUUAGUAUAUAUAUAAUUUUUUUUUCUUAUGGGGGUUCUUUCUAAAUAUUUAAUUGCAUUUAGAUGGUUAUGGGUUAAUUAGGUCUAACUCUAUUGGAGAUUUGGGGUACAUAUCAGAAUUGUAUUUGUCCAGCCAUUAGGAAAGAAAAUGAAAGAAAGUAGGGAAGGUGGUUGUUUGUCCAGCGUUUAUUUGUCUUAUGGAAAUCUUUCUUUGUUAAUUCUAAUUAUUAUUUUUGAAAGGAUAAGUUACCUCCGGUAUACGGAUGUUAUUUACCGUUGGGAAGCAA